ACAGCGUAACUGUACUGGUACUUCACUGUAUAUCUUUAAUCUAACGAUGAGAACUUGAACUUGCUGUCGAUCCUUUUUUUUCUUCUUUUUUUAAGAUUUAUGGAGUGCUUGUUGAAACAUCAUGAAUUAUUCUAGUAAUGUAACUUACCUGACUCUGGAAGGACAUGUAGAGCUGGAGAAAUAUAGAUAUAUUUACUUUCUUCUUUCUCUCACAGUCUACUUAAUAAUUAUCUAUUGCAAUAUUGUGGUUAUUUUAGUUAUUUACACAAACCAGCGUCUCCAUGAGCCGAUGUACAUUUUUAUCGCUGCUUUACUCUGUAAUGCUCUGUCAGGAACGGCUGCUUUUUAUCCUAAACUGCUGAUUGAUUUACUGUCUGAUCCCCCAUGUAUUUCUUUUGAAGCCUGUACAUUUCAGGCCUUCUGGCUUUACACUUACGCUUCUGCAGAGUUUACACUGUUAUCAGCUAUGGCCUAUGACAGAUACGUGUCCAUAUGUAAACCUUUACAAUACGCCACUCUUGUGAACAUGUCUACCGUAAAAACUCUGUUAAUUAUCUGCUGGGUUUUGCCUGCCUGUGAAAACGGUAUUACGAUGAUUCUGACGUAUCGGCUGACGCUGUGCAAAUUCAAACUAAACAGAAUCUACUGUAAUAAUUAUGCAAUUGUUAAAUUAAGCUGUGAAGAUACGACUGCCAACAAUUCAUAUGGAUUAUUUACUUUAGUCGUUUGUAUUUUUCCACCGGUGAUCUUUGUAAUAUAUUCCUACAUUAGAAUACUUGACGUCUGUUUAAAGAAUUCAAAGGAAUUCAGAAGAAAAGCUCUGCAGACCUGCUUCCCUCAUCUAUUCGUCUUCAUCAGUUUCUCCGUCACCUCAUGUUUUGAGGUGAUUAACAGCAGAUUAGAAGCAAAACUGCCUCAAAUUCUUGCCAUGAUGCUGUCGAUCGAAAAUAUCAUCAUCCCACCUUUAAUUAAUCCUGUUAUGUACGGACUGAAACUGCACGAGAUUUCAAAUGCAAUCAAGAGCAUGAUGUGGAACAGAAAGACACAUUUCGUUUCAAAUUGAGCUUUUUUUAUUCCAGAAUCAAAUGUACUUUUAUAUUUUCUUUACAUUAAAUUCCAAUUAUUGUUGCAGUAUGAAGUAAUAUACAUAUUGUGUGUAUGUAUAGAUAAGCAAUAUAUAGAUUUUUUUAAUGCGUAAAAUCACUUUUAAGAUAUAUAUAUUUUUUUCUCAGAAUUUCAAUUAAUGCAAUCCUCAGGCCUUAGUGUCAGUGUCUUGCUCUGCUGUGGCUUUUAGAGCCCUGCAAUUUUUGGAAGAUAUAUUUUACCCCAAACUAAUCUUCAUAUAUAUGUAUAUAUAUAUAUAUUAUGAUAUAUUAUGCAAUUUGGAAGAUAUAUUUUACCCCAAACUAAUGUCAACUAAUUCAAAUUAAAAUCAAUACAUUUAUGUGCAUUGUGACACACAUAUCUUUAUAUAUAUGUAUAUAUAUAUAUAUAUUCUGAUAAGUUUUCUUUGUCUUUUUUGAAUCACUGAAUCAAAUGUACUUUUAUAUUUUAUUUACAUUUAUUUCCAAUUAUUAUUGCAAUAUAAAGUAAUUUAUUGUGUAUAUACAGAUAUGCAUUUUGUAUGCAUAAAAGUCACUUUUAAUGUAUAUAUAUAUAUAU